GGAGGAGGAGGAGAUGGAGGAAGAAGGAUGCGCCCAAGGCGGGGGCCCGGGCUCCCCCCCCAGCUCCCGCGGCUGGGGGGCAGGUGUCGGCUCUGGUGAGGAGCACGUCCUAGAUCUGGAGAGUCUGGCCGGUCCUGGGAGGGGUGCGGAUAUUUGAGUCACCCUCCCUGGCUUCCUCAGAUUUUAAGUCGAGACCUAGGGUUGGCCGCGGGAGCCCUUCCCAGCGAGAGAGGGGGCGGAUCGUUCCCAGGGAGCUGGGGAGAGGCUGGUCCAGAAAGGACUCUCGUGACCCUACCCCAUGGCCCAGAGAUUCCCCACGGCUGCCAGAUCCCAAAAGGUGGCAGCAAGAGGAGACGCUGAAACUCCAGAUCGGGACACCUGGGAGCCGCUGGAUUUAUUUUAGAGCCUCCACCCGUAGCUGCUUUAAAACGGAGAAGAAGCUGCCGGACACUCCGGCCCCUCUCAGGUUCUCUCCCGCAUUGCUGCUGAUCCUCAGCUCGUCACCCCGGAGCAGGAAGGCCCUGUGCUGGGCUGGCUUCCCUGGGGAGAGCCCAACCGCUAGGAACCAAAGAAGCCAAUCCCAAUUGAGAGUGGGGAGGAGAGCACGCUGCUCUUCUGAUCUCUGGACCUGAUUUUUUUUUCUUUUUUUUUUUUACUUCCCUAGCGGUUGGUGCCUUAGUUUUAUGGGGGUUUCUUCUCCCUCCCCACAAUUGUUCCUCCCGCUCUUGGCUUCGGUGCUUGAUGGGGCUGCCCGUCGGAGGGGCGGUCUUCGCGGCGGCGAGCAGGAGCGAAGAAAUACAAGGGGGAAUCCCUCGGUGCGGGAGGCGAUCCUGCCCUCGGCCGCUAGCCCAGGGCUGCUUCUCUUAGCCGUCUCCCGCUGAGACUUUCCCUACCUAGUCGAACGAACGGAGCGAGUUCCCCUGCCAUGUCCUCCAAGCCCGAGCCUAAGGACGGCCGCCAGCAGAGCGAGAGCAUCCCGCCCACCCCCUUCUCUCCGGCCGACGGCCCCGACCGGGAGCCGACAGCGGGGCCCUCCGAGCUCCCGGGGCCGGCUGGGGAGCCCGGGGAGGAGGUGGUGGUGGCGGAGUCGCGAGCCAACGCCAAGGGGCUGCGGGAGGAGGACGCGCUCCUGGAAAACGGCAGCCAGAGCAACGAGAGCGACGACACCAGCGCCGACCCGGGGCCCGAGGCCGCCUCCCCGCUCAAGGAGACCUCCUUCUCCAUCGGCCUCCAGGUGCUGUUCCCCUUCCUGUUGGCAGGGUUCGGGACCGUCGCCGCGGGCAUGGUGCUGGACAUCGUGCAGCACUGGGACGUUUUCAAGGACGUGACCGAGGUCUUCAUCCUCGUGCCUGCGCUGCUGGGCCUGAAGGGGAACUUAGAGAUGACCCUGGCAUCGCGGCUCUCGACAGCUGCAAACAUCGGGCAAAUGGACACCCCCAAGGAGCUGUGGCGGAUGAUAACGGGGAACAUGGCGCUCAUUCAGGUGCAGGCCACGGUGGUGGGAUUCCUAGCAUCCAUCGCGGCCGUCAUCUUCGGCUGGAUCCCGGACGGCCACUUCAGCGUCGGUCACGCCAUCCUGCUGUGCGCCAGCAGUGUGGCCACUGCCUUCAUCGCUUCCCUGAUCCUGGGCAUGAUCAUGAUCGGAGUCAUCAUCGGCUCCCGGAAAAUUGGCAUCAACCCAGACAAUGUCGCCACCCCCAUCGCUGCCAGCCUGGGGGACCUCAUUACCCUGGCUCUCCUCUCGGGCAUCAGCUGGGGCCUCUAUCUGGAACUCAAAGGCCGGCCCUACGUCAACCCUUUGGUGUGUGCUUUCUUCGUGGCGCUGUUGCCCAUCUGGAUUGUCCUCGCCAAGCGCAGCCCUGGCACGCGGGAGGUGUUGUACUCGGGCUGGGAGCCGGUGAUCAUCGCCAUGGCCAUCAGCAGCGUGGGUGGCCUGAUCCUGGACAAGACGGUCUCAGACCCCAACUUUGCCGGCAUGGCUGUCUUCACACCGGUGAUCAAUGGCGUCGGGGGCAAUCUGGUGGCAGUGCAAGCCAGCCGCAUCUCUACCUACCUGCACAUGAACGGGAUUCCGGGAGAAAGCUCGGAGCCCGGGCCGCGCCGCUGCCCCAGCCCCUGUACCACCUUCUUCAGCUCUGAUGUGAACUCCCGCUCCGCCCGCGUUCUGUUCCUGCUGGUCGUGCCUGGGCACCUGGUGUUCCUCUACACCAUCAGCUGCAUGCAGGGUGGGCACACCACCCUCACCCUCAUCUUCAUCAUCUUCUACAUGACGGCUGCGCUACUCCAGGUGCUGAUCCUCUUGUACAUCGCAGACUGGAUGGUGCACUGGAUGUGGGGCCGGGGCCUGGACCCCGACAAUUUCUCUAUCCCGUACUUGACGGCGCUGGGCGACCUGCUGGGCACCGGUCUCCUGGCCCUCAGCUUCCACAUCCUCUGGCUCAUCGGAGACCGGGACACUGACGUCGGGGACUAGCUUAGCCUGCUCCUCGGCUCUCCUGGUGUCUUGUCUCGUCCCACUCCAACCCUCCCACUCUCCCUCUCCCUCCCUCAACUUCACUCCGAUACCGAAUCCUCAUUAUUUUCAAUGGGGAUUUUUAUAUGGCAAGCCGCCUCCCUACAGACAUGGUUGGAAGAUGGAUAGAAGAAGAGAAACUAAAGCCCAUGUCAAGUCUAAGACAAUCACCAAGUGCAAUUUUCCUGACUGGGGGCUCCAUCCCGUGUGGGUCAGGAUCCUAUCCACUCCUGAAGGACCCGGGGAUUUGAGGGGCAGAAUCCGUGUCUCGUGGCCCCACUCCCGGUGGGCGCUGAUGCUAAUGUAACCCCUUUGUGGAAUCUGGUUUUGAAGGGGGGCCUUCCCCAUCCCUCUCUGUAUGCUUGUCCUUAAGGUCAGUGGCCGCCCUCACUGAGGGGUGGAGCCUGGGGAGGUGGAGAAAGGUGGGGGGGAAGAGUGGGAGGAUUAAACUACUACCUCCUUCCUUCUUCCCACCUCCCCGCUUUCCCCUUCCCUCUCCCCGACCCUUCCCUUAGGUUGACCCUGCUUUACUAUCAGUCUGGAAUCACAUCUUUCAAGUGCCAUUGACUUUCCCCAGUCCCUCGUCUUCCCCUCCGCGAGCUCUUGGGAGCUUCUGACAGCGAGUAAAAACAUGUUUCUCUACCUUUCUCCCUUUCCCCCGCCCCCUCCUCCUCCUCCUCCUCCUCCCUCACCUCCCCUGCCAACUGGUGGCUGCUGAGUCUUGUCAUGGCCACAUACCGGGACCAACAAGCCCGAGGGUCCAGAAAGACGGGCUCAGUGGGGGAGGCCCCUCAGAUGUGAAGUGGACCCUGCUCCGGUGGGAGCUUUCACUCCUCUCCCCAUCCCACCUCUUCCGCCCUCCCACAACCUCAUCCCAGGAGGCUUGGGCCGCCCAGGGAGCCGUCUGGGUCAGGCUGAGCUGAGGCCCUGAGGAUGAAAGAGAAGUCUCGCUGGAGCGUAGCAGGGAGAACCACCACCAAGACCCAUGGGAAAGAUGAAGUAAGGCCAUCUGGACUCCCGAGUUGUUCCUCAAAACAGAUCAUGUCCUCUUAUUGACGGGUGGAGGCCGGAGAGGGGUAGGGUUAUACUCCUCCUCUUCAUGCCAGGCCGAGGAGCUGACAUGCAGCCCGCCUCUUCUAUCAGGUCGGGGCUCCUCACUCUCCCUGGCCCGAGUCAUUUGGGAAUGUGGUUGGCAUUUCCAUCACGCAAGCAAGGUCCCUUUUGACCUUGCCCUUUGGCACUUCCUCAUUGUGGAUUCACUUUCUAGAAUUAUCAGCGUCCCAAUGCCAAGUUUCCCCUCUAGCACGUGGAUCCUGGCCCGCUCCCCUUUCUCUAGCCAGCGUCACCCCGCCCCCCUCCAGCCGCAGCUUUGGCCCUCAGCCUCCUAGGCCGGGCCCCACACUCUAAGCCGGGCUGGGAGCCCUAGGAAACAGGAGAGGGUGGCACAAGGGCCCCACAUGGACCCACAGGCCAGAACUAAGUGAAAGCUCCAUGGUGGGGGUGGAUUUGGCCCAGCUCCCCCACCCCCAGCCACAGUUGGGAAGGCGGGGAGUCACUCCCACCCCCCUGCCCAAGGAGAUGAGACCCCCACUGAGGCCUGGUGCAAUCCCAGCCCUCUUCAGACUUUUCUCCUACCUCUCCAGCCCCCUUCAGACUGCCUUCAUCCAGGGAACUGGCGCUAAAUUCUAGCCUGGGCAGGGGCCAAUAUUUGAAGCCCCACAGCGGGGACACCAGCAAGAGCAGAAUUCCCCCUCCGCGCCUCUAUCCCAAUCUCCUCCCGUGCUUCCUCCCCGCUUCCUGUCCCCACCCUGUGCAGAUGAAGGGAGCUGGGAAGAGGGCAUCCCCACCCGAGCCCCUGGGCAUGGGGCUGAGGGUCUCUGGCCCGGCGCCUGUGAGGCUGUUACUUCUCCUGAGCUGCUUGGAGGAGCUGUCCAGGUGAGCCGGUAGGAAGAGGAAAGAAUCGAAAAUGCAGUGGAACCGACUUUUGAUUUUGAUUUUUUUUUCCCCCAGAUUGGACAAACUGCAUGUAAUAUAGGUCAGGAGCAAGGAGCAAGAUGGUUUACUCUUUGUAUUCUUUAAGAAAAGAACUGUCUUUAAAGAAUUAUUUAUAGUUGCUGUAACUGAAUUGACAAUUGUCAACCUGAUUGAUAAAUUAUAUUUGGUAAAAUAAAGAUGUCAUUUAUUUA